CAAAUAACCACCACUUAUUUUACAGAACAUCCCUAGCUCGACUUUGCAUUUGAUUGCGAGUUCUCUACCCUGUUCUGCCUUUGGACCCCCCGCCCCUCGUCUUCUUCUUCUCGAGCCCUUGUCUCACCUCGUCCUAAUGGAGCCUUCAACUUCAAUGGGGACAGCUUUCGACUUCAGCAAGCUGGAUAUCGAGAAACCGCCGAUGUACAGUGGCGAAUCGGAUGUCUCGACGUUUGAGAAUUGGUGUUAUCUAAUGUCAGAAUACCUUUUCUUCAACAACGUCCCGCCGCUCUACCACCAUCGCGUGAUGGGCCAGUUUCUCCGCGGUAAGGCCCUCGAGUGGUACCGCAUUUGCAUCGCUGGGGCCCCAAUACCUCCCACCGACAAGGACAUGCUAAUAUCGGAAAUGAAGCGUUACUUUCUGCCGGCCAAUGCUUACGCCUGUAACGAAUGCUUUCCUCGUUCGAGGAAAGCGGGGAACCCUAAACCCUAAGAGGGCCCUUUCCCGGACAACUACCACACCACUUUCCCAACACUACAUGUAACGAUUAUAAUCGUUAUGCUCUCCUGGUUCGAACUUCGAACCUGCAACGAAGUUGUACCAAGACGAGACACCUACACCAUGCAGUCUCUCCUGAUGUAACGCCUUAAGCUCACAAAAGUGUGCACGUGACCAGGGCCUGAACCUGGACACCACACCGAGAGCUCCAGCGUUGUGCUAGGCCACGUAGCACUACGCUACGAAAGCCUGCGGUCUUUGACCGCACC